AUGGUAAAGCUUCUCGCUGUUAAACUUGAUCCAGCAGACACCAACUAUGCAUUCUCCUUUCAAUAUUUUCGAUUCUCCUUAGCUCCGAAUGAUUGCAUUCAUUUUUGUGACAGAGACGAUGGAGCGUUGUGCAGAAGCUAUUGGAUUUACCGAUUGUGUGGAAACGCGAUGUUCCAAAAAGAAGUCAGCGACUAUGUCGAUUCUGCUACAGCUUUAUGGGUCUACUUUAUGGCAUCAGGGACAAGAGGUUAUUUUCCGGGUGUGAUGGGACAAGUCACAAGAGUUGACAAAACAACUCGUAUUUAUAAUGACUGCAAAAAGGAUGCGGUAGUCAAUCUGGACACGGGAAAUCAAUUUUAUGCUUUAAUUUCCGAUCAUUGGGAAAAUCAGAACCCCGGAAAUCCGCAAGCAUCAGCCGAAACAAAUGUCACUUGUCAACAACAAUUUGUCACCAAUGACAAAGCCUAUAUUCGAGUCGCUAUUCAAGCAUAUGGAAAUUGGAAUCCGGACACUGAGCAGACGAUGAAUAUUACUGGGAUUGCAUCCGAUCAAGAUUCUCCGACAACUAUUGUUCUCGAAAAAGAUUUAUUGUACUUCAAAGCGACAGCUGUUUAUUGGUUUAAAGGAAAAAUCGAUCUUUCUUAUGAGUUUACAGCUGACAAGCAGUACUUCUACUAUAUUUUGAUCACUCCAUAUGACGAAGUUGCUGAAUUCAAUGACUGCCAAAACGCUGGAAAUUACGAUAUGCAACAAGUUACGUCUCAAGCGCUUAAUUUCUCGGCUCUGCCCAAAGCCGAUUCUCCGAAUUAUUCACCGGGAAGCAACUGUAAAUGGAAAUUUUCAAAUACUCCACAAAGUCACCAAUUGAUCGCAAGGUUUGACACAGUCUACAUCGAGGAAUGCUGUGACUUUGUGUCGAUUAAAGGAGCUGGACCGAUGAACUUGAGUCUCGCUCACAAUCCGACCAACUCUGCGCCUAAAUUCUUUUAUGAAACCAAUAGCCAAGGCUUAGAAUUGGGAUUUCAAAGUGAUUCAAUCGAGGAUUUCACGAUGAUGAGUGGCCAAGUGACGGCUGUUGACUGCACUUGUCCCAAAGCAUCAGUGACAUUAAAAGCAAAUGAUUCGGAAACAAUCUCUUAUGGGUGGAAUUCAAUGGGCUUUCCCGUGUGUAGUCCUUGGCAAUGCAACACUACUGUCACUUUUGAUCGGUCAUCAAUCCUACAAAUCACCUUGAACUAUGUCUCCUACUUUGAUCUCACUAUCUACGAUCAAUUCGCAAGCCUUUUUCAACUUAGCUAUCAAAGCAGUGGCUACAUUCAAUCGGGAUCAUUUCAUGACUACAAUGGACAUGAUAUGGUCAAAAUUGCCUUCUCAAGUCCACCACUUUACACAUUUGACUCGUUUACUCCUCUAAUGCUCGAUCCAGGGCCAAUGGGAUACACGUUUGAGCUGAAAGCCGUACCAGUUUUCCCCACUCAAUUCGACAUCGAUCUAUGCACCAGUGUUCCCUUCGCUGAAGUGAAUUCGGGUAUUCUAAAGAAAGAAUUCGAUGCGGUUGUUUAUCAGUUCGACAAUAGAAAUUGUUUAAACAAGCCAAUUAUUGGGUAUUUCUUUGAUCAUCCACAUGGCUUUUUGGUCGAUAUCUUUGAUGGAAAUUUGCAGACAGGAACUCUUAUUUCUACCAGUUUCAUUAACUCGACCUUGAAAUUCUCCUCAAAUAUCGUUGCUGUUCGAAUCGUGAAGCUAGCCGAUCCUGGAACAACUUUUCAAUCAAUCUUCACCACAAAUGAGAAACUCGUUGUCUAUCAACCAGAUGAAGACUUUUGCAGCGGUGAUGGGGAUGAGAUGGCUGUUGAUUUCGUUGAUGGAUUCACUGAUAGAACAAUCGUGAUCUACCGUGGUCCAUUAAGUGAUUACACGAAUUGGACUACCUCACAUCUAUAUGGAAUUGAUUUCAUGUGGAAUAUCACCAACUAUAUGUCGUUUUCGGUUUAUCAGGGAGCAUCUCUGGCUGUGGAGGACAAUGUUUAUGGAAAAGACUCCUCUUGCGAUUCAGUGAGUCGAGAUGUUCUGCCAAGUUUCGUCUUUGGUUCUUUUGUCACAAUUCGCACACUCAGCGAAAAGGAGAGUCAACUGAAGUAUCAAUGUGUUCAACAAGCUCAACGCUGGACAGGUGGCGACCAAGUUGGGCUCAUGUUGGCCCCACGGUACAAUCCGAUUCCCAAGCAGCUUUUUGCGAACCAAUACUCAUGGACAGUUUCGGUUCAGAAUCUGACAUCGAAUCCCUCAUCGUCGAUUCGACUAAAUUUCCUGAAUCCAAUGGCCAAGGAUAGUCUUCUUACAAUUUCGUUGAACGUCAACAAAACACUCUUCCAAUCGAAUAACUACACUACUGACAGCUCGAUUUGUCGGUUAUCCUUUCCAUACGCCGAGUUGCAAAUCAAGUAUCAGUGGAAUUGCGAGAACAACGAUGAUGUGACAACUUGUGGAGUACCAAUGCAGAUAAGAUACGAGAAGCUGAUUGCGACAACGACAACGACGACUGUCGCAACUACAACUACUGCUGAUGAAAAAUCGCUCGAUAUUUCUUCCGAU